CAAUGCCAGGCUGGGCAUGGAUGGAGAGUAGGGAAACGUCAUCUAUAAAGGGAUUUCCCUUCAUUCCUGGGCUCUGAUCCCUCUAACUCCUGCGGAGACAAAGAAGCUCUCUAGAAAGUCGAAAUGGAGACUAAAAGAAGGAGGAGAGAAUUCUUCCCAGAUUGGCUGCUCAUGCUAGGUGUGUUUGCUUUGUGUGAGCUCCAGGCAGAGGGGAACAAACCUAGCCAACAAGAACCUACACAUAUGGAAAAAAAUCCUGAAGAACCCCAAGUACUGCAAGGUCACCACAGGCUUGAGGGUGAAUUCAUUGCAGUGGGUACAAGACAUUCUCUCUUCAAUUUCACCAUAAUCCACGUUAUUGAUGAUGUGCUAGUGUGCACCUAUGAUAAAGGGAAUAAGCAAACUGUGUUCAAUGGAGCAUGGAUCACCAGGGCACUAGGGAAAGACUUCACUGAGAAUAAGAAGGAAUUUAAUUUAAGUGCUGAGACGUAUUUCCGCUGGCUCCUCAGCUUCUUUAUAAAGAAAGACACCAAGAGUAACAAGAAUCAUACAAUACAGCUCUAUGGAGAGUGUGAACUGGAUAAUGACAUUUACAUUGGCAGCCAAAUCCAGUUUGCUGUGGAUGGUGAAGAUUUUAUCAGGACAAAUGAUAAGAUGGAGCACUGGAUUGUCACAAAACCUGAAGCAGAGCACUUCAGAACCAUAGCAGAAAGCACCUUGGGGGUCAACCUGAGAAAGAAAGUUAUGAAGCAUUAUUGUGCUGAAAUGAUAAGAAAAAUCCUGCACUACUCAAAUUUGAAGGAAAAUGUGGCCCCUGAGGUGACUGUGUCCCGCCAUGAUGUCUCAGAUGGUAGAGUCGCCUUUAACUGUACUGCCACAGGCUUCUACCCUCGCUCUAUAAUGAUGCGUUGGGAGAAGGGUGGGCAGCUGGGUGUGUGGGGGCAAGAGAGCUCCAGUGGCACCUUGCCCAAUGCUGAUUCCACGUUCUACCUCCAAAUCACACUGGAACUUCCUCCUGGUGAUUCAGGGGCAGGUUACGCUUGUGUGGUAGAGCACAAUAAGCUGCAGCUACCAGCUGUACAUCCUGUCCCUGAGAAGCCCACUGAGAGGAGGUCAUGGGUCCUGGUCUUGGGUCUCCUAACAGCUAUCAUCCUGGUGCUGAGCUGCUCUGGGGCCUUCAUCCUAUGGAACAAGAAGACAGGUCAGAAGACUCUUGAGCAUGCCACAGUGGGUGAUGAAGGGACCCUCUAAAGGGAGUUGGGAUUUACAUAAGCAAGGAACCCAUCAGUGAAGAAGAGCACUCUAGAGGGUCUCUGGGUAUAUACAUAAAUUCCAGUACCCUGAUAUUUUUCUCUUAAUCUGUAAUCAGAACAGAUCUCCCAAUCAAAACUGGAACAUGGACAUUGUCUGCUAGUAGCCUUUCUCUGUAAAUAGAUUGUUGCAUGUCUAUAGAAUAAGGAAAAAAAUAGAUUUUCAUCUGGUUACUCAGGCAUAAUUAAGUGCAUGCUGUGUUGCUCUCAGGAACUCAAAGGAUGAAUGUAUCUGUGGUUUACUUUUUCUAGUAAAAUAGGAGCAGAUUCUGUCCAGAAAUAACCCCCCCCC